ACCCCCACCCCGCCCAGGGGUUAGCAGUUGCCUACUUUCCCCGCAGUGCGAUAAACCCCUCGUUGGGGCCGCCUUAGUUCUCGGCCGCUCUUGGAGGAUGGGGAUCUGGGAGCCCCUCCAUGGGACCCCUCUCACACUUUGUCACUGGAAUUUUAUUUAUUUUUUAGUUCAUAUUUUAUUUUGCUUAUAGAAGAGAAAGAUAUCCCUUCCGAAGAGAAGGAAGCUUACAGAAGUUUAUAACCUUUCAAAAAGUAAAUAAUUCCAGGCUCGCCUGAUUCUGCCCUACCCGGACUUCCUUAUCCCGUCUGUGGUCUGUGGGAGACCCAGGUGCUUUCUCAUUACUCCUCAGAAGGAAACCGCUUUGGAAUUCGUGUAAUUGGGACUGGGGGAUCAGGGAGAAGUUGCCGAAACCUCUCAUACCAGUGACUACUGAAGUAGAAGAUUCUGGAAAAAUCCUUGCCUUGGGGGCACAGGCCAAAACCUGAAGGAUUUUUAAGAUGACCAAGGUUCCAGCCACCAAGAAGCUUCAGAGUUCCCCCAACGCGGGGGCUGUCCGGCCCUUUUGUGCCUCGGAGAACCUAAGGCAGGUCCCAGACAAGCCAAUGAAGAGCAUCAAGUAUAUGGACAAGGAAAUAAUAAACCUCAAAAAGGACCUUAUACGAAGCCGCUUUUUGAUCCAGUCUGUGAAGACAGGCCGUGGAUAUUUUGCUAUUCUGAGGGAAGAGACUGCAAAGAAAAAGAAGCAACAACAACUUCAGAAACUGAAAGAGGAGGAAAGAAAUAAAUUCCAGCCAGCCGAAAAGAUCUCAGAAAUCCACUAUGGGGACACCUUAUUGAGCACAUAUGAUGAUGAGAAGCUGAAGACGCUGGGAGCUAGAGUCACGCGUCGCCCAUUCACUCCCAUCCACAGCUGCAUCAUUUCUCCCUCGCUACCCGAGGCUCACGUCGAGCCCCUCUUCCGCCAGCUCUGUGCUCUCCACUGGCUUCUGGAGGCCCUGACUAUCGACCAUACCCACCACACCAUGAAGCCUGUGAUCACCUGCUGGAACCCAAAGGACCCGGGUGGAAGCAAGAGCACCAUUAAAAAAAUCAAUAAGGACAAGUCCAUGGGACAGAAAUGGGAGCAUUUCAUCACAGCGCCAAAGACCAAGAAAUUCAAAAUUCCCACAAUGCGAGUCACCAACCGCAAACCAAGCCGGCGAGGCUCCACACUCAGUCUGAGUCGGGCCAGUGGGGGGUCCUCUCCCCAGAGCAGCAUGAUCUCUGUGAACCCUGGCUCAGAUGAGCCCCCGAGUGUGAACACCCAGGUGACCAGCAGCAAGGACAUUGAGGACAAUGAGUCAUCUUCAACCAAGCCAGAUGAAGAACCUCUGUAUAUGAAUCUGCAGAAGCUCCUGGAGAUGGUUCGGGAAGAUGCCCGGAGGACAGUCACAAUAGAAAAUGGGAUGCAAAGAAAAGCACCCAGCAUCUUGUCAGUGCUGAAACAAAACAAGAGUAAUUCUGCUUAUAAGGAAAUGCAGACCACUCGCAAAUCAAGUGAGAGAUCCAGCAGUACAAGUGCAGAAAGCCACAUCCAACCAGUCCAGAAGAAGUCUAAAAACCGCACUAACUGUGACAUCAACAUCCACUACAAGAGUGGGGUGUGUAACACCAUGAGGGCCAAGUUUUACAACAUAGCCCAGGAGGCUGGCUUCUGCCUGCAGGACAAGAUGGAAAUCCUCAUGAAGCGCCAAGAAGAGAGAGGUAUCCAGAAGUUCCGUGCUUUUGUCCUUGUCUCAAAUUUUCAAAAGGACAUAGCAAAAAUGAGACAUCACAUAUCUGUAGUAAAAGGAGAUGCAGAAGAAAUUGCAGACCACUGGUACUUUGAUCUGUUGUCCAAACUGCCAGAGGAUCUAAAGAACUUCCGCCCCGCCAAAAAGAUCCUGGUGAAACUGCAGAAGUUUGGAGAAAACCUGGACUUGCGGAUUCGACCCCAUGUCCUCCUGAAGGUGCUGCAGGAUCUGAGGAUUUGGGAACUGUGCUCCCCUGACAUCGCUGUGGCUAUUGAGUUUGUGCGAGAACACAUCAUCCAUAUGCCUCAAGAAGAUUACAUCAGCUGGCUGCAGAGCCGGAUCAACAUACCCAUCGGGCCCUACAGUGCCCUGAAGUAGGCUGGGCCUGGGUUGACCAGCUGUCUCAGUGGAGGAGUGUUUGCCUAUAUCAUGUUCCUGUAUCCUGCCUGUGUUCCUGCCUCCUGACUACCUUCAUGGAUGCUCUUUAUGGAUAACCCUUUACAGUAGGGUCAUCUGGAGACUGACUUCCAGCAACAUUUUUAGAGGGGGAUGGUCCCACGUGGCCCUCCCCUCAAUUCCACACCCCAGACCCAACCUACCAGUCUCUGUUCUUCAAUGAUCCAGCCUGACUGUACCUACUUCCUCUUCAGAUUCCUUCACUCUAUUUACCUUCCUCAAAUACUGGACAAUAAAAUUGAACUGAAUGUUUGAUGUC